UGGGCCCGGGCCCGCGCGCCGCCGGCGCGAUGCUCUUCUCGCUCCGGGAGCUGGUGCAGUGGCUGGGCUUCGCCACCUUCGAGAUCUUCGUGCACCUGCUGGCCCUGCUGGCCUUCUCCGUGCUGCUGGCGCUGCGCGUGGACGGCCUGGCGCCCGGCCUCUCCUGGUGGAACGUGUUCGUGCCCUUCUUCGCCGCCGACGGGCUCAGCACCUACUUCACCACCAUCGUGUCGGUGCGUCUCUUCCAGGACGGGGAGAAGCGGCUGGCCGUGCUCCGCCUCUUCUGGAUCCUCACGGUUCUCAGCCUCAAGUUCGUGUUCGAGAUGUUGCUGUGCCAGAAGCUGGUGGAGCAGACUCGGGAGCUCUGGUUCGGCCUGAUCACGUCUCCCGUCUUCAUUCUCCUGCAGCUGCUCAUGAUCCGCGCCUGCCGGGUCAACUAGCCUCGCAGAGGGGCCGGGAAGGGAGCUCUCCGCAGCCAGAAGGCUGGGCGGAAAGCUGAGGGCCACCCCGGAAGGGUGAGGACCCGGUCUCCCGCCGCACCCGGAGGAGAAGUCUGGGUGUGACAGCAACUCCAGCUUGUACCCCGCUGAGUGCUCAGCUUUCUCUGUGCCAGUCAUGUCUGAAACUGCUCAGCAGGGAGGAAAAGAGUAGCCCUGGUCCUUCAAAUCUAUUUCCUGUUAUUUCAUGCGUUGAAUAGCGCAUCUGAACGGAGACCUGGAGAAGGACCCAAGCGUGACAGGCCUGCACUCCUCUGGCAGCUGGAAACUGCAUGUAAGCAAAAUGUCCUCGAGGGCUCAGUGUUGUCCUGGAUCCUGGGAAAGUGGGCCAAGGCUGCAAGGCCGGCCAGCAUCGCUGACCCCAGAGCUCAGUGUCCGGUUCACCCAGACAAGACCUCCUUCGCCGUUUGAGCUCCGAGUGUAUCUCCGCCCCUUGCCACUGGGGAAAGGAUGGCCCUGUCUUCAUUCCAGCCAAGGCACCCAGGAAGGUGUCAAACAAGCAUGAUCGGACCGGCCUGGAGGUCUGUCACCUGAGAAAAGAACUUUGCUGUAAAGGCUCUGCUUGGCUUCCUGUCCCAGCAGGUUGCAGUGUCACCACCUGUCCCGCCACCUGGUGGCCAGCACUGUCAGCGCACCUGCGAGGGGAAGAGGUGCAGGUGGUCUCAGCUCCCAUUUGUUGGCCUGAGGUCUUUGGUUUGGUACCAGUCAGGUGCCACAUGAGGACCUUUGCUGAGAUAAAAAUAAAAUAGAAUGUUUUGCUGAAA